CUACGAUGGAGAAUAAAUCAGCCCAGGCUCAGUCUCCGGCCACUCCAAUCUACAUCCUCCGCGGGCACGGUGCACCGAUACACGCGCUUCACAUCUACAACCAGAACCUGCGCCUUGUAUCCGGCGACGCCAACGGCUGGAUCGUGAUCUGGGACCUGGUCACCAAACGCCCAGUGACCGUCUGGAAAGCGCACGCAGGUGCCGUACUAGAAGUAAAAGGAUUUAACCUCGACUCAGGCAUAACCGAGAUUUACACACAUGGCCGCGACCACAAGCUCUGCGUCUGGAAGAUUCGUUCAGAGGAUGAAUCAUUCUUAGACAAGACACUUCCGGUCGACGUGAGUGGUCCUGCUCAGGGGGAACCAUGGCUGCUACAUGCCAUGCCCGUGAAUGCGCUCAAUUUCUGCGCGUUCUCUAUGACGUUUGUCAAUGUGGACGGGCUUCCUGUUUAUCCAUCGCAAUCUGCAAAGCCACAGAAUACAUUGUUUGCAGUGCCCAAUGCCUUGGACUCUGGCGGCGUCGAUAUCUUCCACCUACCAUCCGAGCGCCGGAUCAGCACUAUUCCAUCUGAUUCGUCGACGAAGACUGGAAUGCUGAUGGCUGUCAAUAUAUUCGUGACUUCUGUUGGGGAUCUGUUUGUCGUUUCGGCAUAUGAGGAUGGCCAUGUUAUGGUUUACGCUCAUCGUGGUGCUUUGAAGACGGCCAGUUUUGAGAUCGAACAUAUUAAGAACUAUCCUUUGAAAUGGGAUAGGCUCUAUGCUGGCCGUCCUCAUACCCAGCCGGUUCUUUCCCUUGACGUCUCGGCUUCGUACACGCACUUUAUCUCUUCUUCUGCUGAUGCUUUGAUUGUCAAACAUCCCAUUCCCAGUCUGCCGUCUGCUGGUUACAUUCCUACGGCUGGCUACAAGGAGGAAUCUCCCUUGCAGGUUGUUAACACCAGACACUCGGGUCAGCAGGGUCUGCGCAUCCGGUCUGAUGAGAAGGUAUUUGCUACUGCCGGUUGGGAUAGCAGGGUACGGGUGUACUCGGGGAAAACAAUGAAAGAACUGGCUGUGCUCAAGUGGCACAAAGAUGGAUGUUAUGCUAUAACAUUUGGAGAGAUUGAAACAUCUUUAUCUACAAGAUCUACAGAGAAGCAGUCCACAACUGCAAGCCAAAUGGCAGUUGCUGCACGCGACUACUCUCUCGCAAAUGUACAGCAACAACGGAAUCAGAAAGUACAGCAGACUCAUUGGCUAGCGGCAGGUUCCAAGGAUGGGAAGAUUUCAUUAUGGGAUAUCUACUGA